AUGUUACAGUUCAAUCGAUUCAGGUCCAAGUUCAAGAACACUCAGUUGUUCAAACAGGCUGGCAUUAUCAUCAGAGACCAAAAGACAAAGAAAUCAAUGUUAAACGGACGAAGAGUAGUAGUUGUCGGAGACGAAGGCUCAUUCCUCGCCAACCUCUUGUCAAGUGUGCUGAUACAGUUUGAGUGCAAGGUAUAUCAGGUCUUAUUAACAGAUGGUAGUGGUGGUGGCAAUGGUACAGCAGCGGCGACAUUAUCAACUUCAUCAUCAUCUUCAACGUCAACAUCAUCUGCGACAACAGCAACAGAUCAUCCUCAGAUCGAAACAACAUCUGUGGCAUUAUCAAGAUGUUGGACAAGGAGUGGACCAAACAUGUCGGCAUCAGUCAAUCAGGAGGAGUUGGCCAAGGUGAUGGCCGUGGUGGUGGACGUGCUACGCGACAAGGACAUUGUUGUGAUAUGCUGCGAGUGGGCAGAGUAUGGCAACCUAUUCGAUCAGCUGGAUAUUGUGUCGCGUUGUUGCUUUGCCGCCGCCACCACCAAUGUCGUGCUGGCAUUCCCGAUGGGCGUGGAGGAGGACCUGUUCACAACGUCCUCGCCCAAGUCCAUUGAAUCGAUCUUUGAAGGAAUCUCCACCAGCUUCCUAUUCUACUCGGCCCUCAUGCAGUGGCUAUUCGUCGGACCGCCCAAUCACAACGGGGCCAUCGAGCUCCUCAUCAACGACGACCAAGACGAAGGCUGCUUCUGGCUUGAUUGUGACGACUUUGUAAAGGUCAUUGUCGAGUUGGUAUUACAGAUAUGUGACAGGGAACAUCACUCCCCUAAUAAUGGCAACAUGCUUGGCGACAGCGAGAAUAGAAUGUUUAUAUUGACGGGCAAGGAGUGCUUGACAUGCAAGGAGGUGUCAAACAUACUGUUUAGCGAAGCACAGAUCACCGUGCAGGACUACCAUCAGCAGACCAAGACACCAGACACCUCACGGCCCGACUCACAGCGCAAGUUCUUCAACUAUCUCAAGUCGCCCAUAUCGACGAUGCAGUCACCCGACAUCGAGUCAUUCCUCAACCAGCAGCCAACGACGUUCAGUCAGUUCAUUGGAAAGGUGCAAACCACUCAGUUGUUCAGCAAGAUCAGUCUGCGCACGUCCAUCUCGUCGUCGGGUAGCAGUGGCGAUGGCGGUGGCAGCAGUCGGUCUUCAUCACCAAGAAACAGCUGUGCAGGCACUGGACUCACCUCGUCCACCUCCUCCUCAUCCACGCCCACCUCUCCAACAUCCUCACUCACAUCCAAUGCUGUCAAGUUUGUCUCAUCUCCAUUCACCUUUUUAAAGUAUUCCAAGGCAUUAAUCGAGGAGUCAAUAUACAAAUCACCUGCAACGUCACAGAAGAAGAAGAAUAACUCCAAGGUGGAGACAAACACAUGGAUAUCAUUGCUAUCGUCUGGUUUCAAGAAGAUGCUGGAUACAACAGAUACUGAAUUGCCACCUGUUACACCAGAGGACUUUACCAAAGAAGUACAAUACGAUAUCACAGACGACUAUCAAUCAAACUGGACAUUCACAUGCUACUCUCCCAAUGUAUUCAACAACAUCAAGAAGUUCUACAUGCUGGAAAACUUCCUUAAGUCAAGUAGUAGUAGUAAUGGUAUAUCAGAGUUUGAAGAGGUCACUACUAUUGGCAGGAGUGGAAGCUUCUUCUUUAGAUCAUUGGACAAUCGAUACUUCAUCAAGACGAUACCAAACAAUGAGUUUAUCACAUUCACAAAGAUAUUCUCAUCCUAUUACCAACACAUCACCAAGUACCCGAACAACUUGCUGCCUCGAUUCUUUGGACUUUAUAGGUUAAAGGGCAAGCUACAUAUUGGUGGAGCAGGGUCUAGCCUCUCACCAAGUCCAAACGUGGCAGGACGUAACUCGUCCGAUGGUAACAUCUCACAACAACAACAACCUAGCCAGUCAGGAGAGUCAGUGGUCACAAGAGACAGAGAUGUUGUAUUUGUCAUCAUGGAGAACCUAUUCUACAGCACACCUCAGAUUGAGUUGCAUGAACGAUAUGAUCUCAAGGGAUCCACUGUUGGCAGAUACGUGGAUGUCGAUGAGUUGGACGAUCCAAUCAAUCACACUCUCAAGGACCUGAAUCUCAAACGAAAGAUAUACGUCGGCCCGUUCAAGAAGCUGAUGGUGGCGCAACUGGACGUGGACACCGAGUGGAUGGUCAACCACUUCAUCUGCGACUACAGUCUACUCUUGGGCAUUCACAUCCCAAGUCACUCCACAGCAACAUUCGAAUCAGAGAGCAACAACAAUAGUAGUCCUGACUCGGGUAGUGGUGGCAGCAGCAGCAACAACAACAGGCUGAGGCUACCACCUAUCGCCGGCGUCCCAUACUCCUCCUCAUCAACAACAACCAAGAGAACAUCAAACACACAACAGAAGGACAUCUCAUUCUUUAAGAAGGAUGGGCAUGGAAUGCUGUCAUGUAUGCAGAAGCCAAUGCAAGUAAUACCCAUUCGCAAUGGCAAGACUAUCUCGCCAGUGCCAAGCAGUGGUAAUGUUGUGGACAGUACUGGUGGUUUUGCGAGUACAGGCACAAGUAGUAGCAGUAGUAGUAGCAGUAGACCAGCAAGAUCAACAUUAUCAAUUGGUGAGAAUAGAGUCAAGGUGAUUGUCAGCGAAGAGAGGACAAGUGGCACCACGACUACUACGACGACAACGACGACAACAGACGAGCACAGCAUCGAGGAGAGCGACGAGCUCGACGAUUCAUUACGAUUCGAGGAGGGCACUGUAUAUUUUAUUGGUCUGGUCGACACUCUGACCACCUACGACUUCAAGAAGCGAGGAGAGCAUGCCAUCAAGUCUGUUUUGUUUGACAAGACACAAAUAUCAGCGAUCAGUCCAAAGGAUUAUCGAGUCAGGUUCCUCAAGUAUGUUCAGACUAUAUUCGAAUGA